CUGGCGGAGUGAAAAUUCAAAAAAAUUUAAAACCCCUCAAAAAAUUUCCCUUCUCUCUCUCACACACACAGUAACGUUCCUAAUUUCCCCUUUUCUCUCUCUGUAUAUCUAUCUAUCGUAGCUCCCAAGUCCCAACAAACACUCACUGCAAGCAAAAAACAAAAAAAAAAACAGUGAGAGUAAAUUCAAAGUAAGCACAACAAAGCAAAGAAUAAAUACUAUAUCUUACAGAUCUCUUAAUUUAUAAUUGAUUUAUACAUAGCAAGUUGAGUUAUAGAGUUUCGAGCUUGAAAGAAAAUAAAGGAGAAGAAAGUUUGUUUCCAUUUUUUUUUUUUUGAUUUUUGGAGCAUUUGAAAAAAAUGGAGAAAGUUACUCCAGUUCGAAAAUCACACACUAACACUGCAGAUCUACUCACUUGGUCGGAAAAUCCGCCGGAAAAUUCUCCGUCAAUCGGCUCUGCUGCUUCCUCUGCUCGUUCUCGUCAGCCAUCCGAUGGGAUCCAAAAAGUGGUGUUUGGAGGUCAAGUGACUGAUGAAGAAGUUGAGAGCUUGAACAAGAGGAAGCCAUGUUCGGGUUAUAAAAUGAAAGAGAUGACAGGUAGUGGUAUUUUUGUAUCUGAUGGAGAAAAUGGCGAUUUAGAAUCUGACAGUGCUAAUCCCAUCCCAAAUAGAAGGAUGUAUCAGCAAGCUGUAGCUGGUAUUAGUCAAAUUUCAUUUGGUGAUGAAGACACUGUGUCUCCGAAGAAGCCAGUCACUAUCCCUGAAGUGGCAAAGCAGAGGGAACUAAGUGGAACUCUAGAAAGUGAAUCUGAGAUGAAGCUGAACAAACAAAUUUCUGAUGCAAAAACCAAGGAGCUUGUUGGUCAUGACAUCUUUGCUCCCCCACCUGAAAUUCAACCUCGUCCAUCUACUGCUCGUGCAUUAGCAUUAAGAGAAAGCAUUACCAUUGGAGAACCUGCACCAACCAAUGGUGAUGCGCCUAGUGACGAACAAGUGGUCAAGACAGCCAAGAAGAUUCCAGAAAAGAAACUUGCAGAGCUCACAGGAAAUGACAUUUUCAAGGGCGAUAAUCCUCCAGCAUCAGCUGAGAAGCAUCUGAGUUCAGCAAAGUUGCGAGAGAUGAGUGGAAGUAAUAUAUUCGCGGAUGGGAAAGUAGAAUCCCGGGACUUUUAUGGCGGGGUUCGCAAGCCACCAGGUGGAGAGAGCAGCAUUGCAUUGGUGUAACUUGCUAGGUCUAACUCAAUUUACAUCAUUAGUUGUGUUUCCCUUUUUUUUUUAUCCAUGAUUAUUUGUAGUUGGGAUUUGGUUCUGAUGUGAUUUGACCAGUGUUCUGGAAUUUAUGUCCCUAGGAUCUUCUUAUUAUUUGACGUCAACCAGAACUAAGAACUUUUGGCUAAUUGGGUUGUAUUGUUCAUAAAUCUGUGUUUCUGGUGGACUUUGUUUUGGUGAA